AUGUAUAAAAGGACUGGGUUAGCUUUGUAUUCGAUAGGAUUCCAUUCCUCCGCUUACCUUACUACCCUCUCCUCCUUUCCCUCUCGAUGGCGACACCUUUCACUCUAUCUUGCUUGCUCAUCGUCAUCAUCGCCCCCGAUCGUCGUUGGAGUCGUCCGUGAUGCCGCCCACAGACUCUAUUGGAUGUUCUGA